CGCUAGUAUAGAUGAAAAUCGAAAUUUAACUGAACAAUUUUUUCUGCUUUACUUUCCGGACUGUUUCAUGGUUCGGAUUUCCCAUUUUCUUUGAUCCACUGCCACUUCGGUUGAUUCAUUUAUUUCUCUUAAAACCCUAAAGCUUCUCUAGCCAACGGAUAGCUUAUCUCUCUCUCUGCCUCCCUCUCCCUCCCAAAAAUGGACCAAGAUGCCAGACAUGGUGGGGGUGGAACUGCUUAUUCUCUACUCCGCCACCAAACACUAAGCACCGCUCUUUCACUCCCCCACCACACGAUCUUCCUUGGGGACUGUGCCGAUCCCCGAUCCGACGGUCUUGACAAUGAAACCAGCUCCAGCUUUGACAGCCACAAUAAUAGCAACAACAACUACUACUUCUCGAAGCCCAUAAUGGUGCUUGACCUCAUAUGGAACCUGGCCUUUGUAGCGGUGUCAGUGGCGGUGCUAUUUUCUGCCUCCAAAGAGAAGCCAUCUACCCCUUUGAGGAUUUGGGUGUCCGGCUACUCUUUGCAGUGUCUUUUGCACGUGGCUUUCGUGUAUUUUCAGCAUCAAAAUAGGAGGAGAAUUGAUCGUGAUGAUGGUGAUGGUGGUCGUGUGCGCAUUGAGGUACCACCAUCCUCGCAGACUCACAGCAGCGUUAUGAAAAGGUUGGACGCCAUCAGUACAAUGAUAUCUUCUAUCUGGUGGGUGAUUGGUUUUUAUUGGAUCCUCGUAGGUGGCCAAACACUUUUGCAAGAUUCUCCUCGUCUGUAUUGGUUAACGGUGCUUUUUCUGGCCUUUGACGUGUUCUUUAUAAUAUUUUGCAUUGGGACGGCGUGUAUCAUUUUCUUUGCUAUUUUUUGCUGCAUUCCAAUUUUAGCAAUAGCUUAUGCUGUUGUAAUUAGGAGAGGAGCAUCUGAAGAAGAUAUAAGGAGUCUUCCCAAAUAUAGAUACUGCCAAGAAAAUCAAUUAAGGGCAUUGGACAAUGAUAGGAAAGGAGAAUUGCUUGAAGAGAGGGCAGGGUCCAGCAAGACAAGUGCUGCUAAUGAACUUGCUCUUCUUCCAGAGGAUUCUGAGUGUUGUAUCUGCCUGUCAAGAUAUGUAGAUGGCGUAGAGCUUUAUACCCUUCCUUGUAACCACCACUUCCAUUGUGUGUGCAUUAGCAAAUGGCUCCAAAUUAAUGCCACCUGCCCCCUCUGCAAAUUCAACAUUCGCAGGGGAUGAUACUUUGUUGUGAUAAUAAUCCAUCUCCCAAGUACAUAGUUGAUUUGCAGAAGCUACUUCAGGGAUUUGCACCGAGAAACUAGUUGGUUAUCUGCUGACAUUGACAGGAAGAUGGGAACUUGGGAGGACCUUUUAUCGUGCUUCUAUACCCAUUCCCAACCCAGCCCCUCCCUCCAAAAUCCAGAAAACGGGGAUAGAGAUCAUUGUGAAUAGAAGCUUUAGUUUCAUUUUUUAGUCUAACUUGUGAUGAGCGUAGAAUUUGUAAAUUCAGUUUACUGGUUGAAGAAAAUUGAUUUGCAACACCAGAAAAAAGGUGACCAGUAAAAUUCCAUGUGAAUUUUUAUGUAAACUUCAACUGAAAAGGAAUCGUCUUAUGCUUAUCUGGUGAUGGUAUUUUCUGGGGGGUUCAGGGAUGUAUCCAGUUCUGUUUAUGAUAGUACACAAACAAAUACUGUCAUACCUGACUAAAACUUGUAAAUUAUCUCAUCCCUUAAAUUUUUUUAAAGUUUUAUU